GGACACAAGGUAAUCACCCGACUUGUCCGGUUAAUGAUUGUUGGAGAAACGCGGCAAGAUCGUCAGUUGUCAUCAUACCAUCGACUCGACGACAUCCGGCUGCUGCUUCCAUUAUCAGCCGUCUGUAGGCGGCCAUGGUUGGGCUGGGCAAUAGCCGCCGUAGUGGGAGGUCUCCUCCUCUGAUGAUUGGUGCCCUGAUUGCUUGUAUCCUGGUGUUAGGAUUUAACUACUGGGUAUCAAGCUCCCGCAACCUGGAGCUACAGACAAAGCUUUAUGAGUUAGAGGGCCAGGUGCGGCGGGGGGCAGUGGAGCGAGGAGCUGCAGAGAUGAAGAAGAAUGAAUUCCAGGAGGAGAUCCAGAGACAGAAGGAGCAGAUCAGCCGCAUAGAAAACCUGUACAAGAGACAGCUGGAAGGAACCCAGAACACCUGCAGCCAGGACAAAGGGGAAACGGAUCUCGACGAGGAAACAGAGUUUGAUACAACACCGGAGCUCUCUCCAUCGAUUGACUACCCAUCUGAGGGGACACUGCAGCUGAACAUUUCCUCCAAUACCAAAACCAUUCAGGAACUCAGAGAUCAACUGAACCAGCUGAAGGACGACUUGGGGAAGCUUCAGAAAGAGCUGCAGAGUUGCCAAGGAAACCUUAAUACCCUCAACAAGAAACUCACUUAUGACAUGACACAGUGUAACACCCAGAUCCUGUCCCAGAAGGAGUUGUGUGAUGAGAGGGUGGCAGCCAUAAAAAUAGAAGUUAAGAAGAAGAUGGAGAAACUCAUACCUGCUGAAGUUGUCUCUUCACAGGUGAAUGCAGUUCCCACGCAGAAGUUAGAGGGGCCAGUAAAAAAGGAGGAGUUGGAGAAGACGGGGGUUGAUGAGACCAAGAUGACCCCUGUUCUAAGCCACAAGCCUGACCUAACCCACCCCAAAGCAAAUGAGCCACCUGAACUACUGACCAAUGAGAUCAUAGAAAAAGGUCAGGAUGAACCAGUAGCUCCACUCUCCAAAGAUCUUUUCAAGCAUGAACCUCAGUCUGUUCCCUCGGCUGCUGCUGUGAAAGAAGAAACCCUGUUGCCACCAGAGGAAAUAAAGACAGAGGGAGGGGCUGUAGUGGUUGAUAAACUGCUCAAGAACCAGACGGAGGGUAAAGAGGUGGAAGUUAUUGAUGCUCAUGGUAAAGGCACCCAGAUAGAAGCAGCAGACCCUGGGGUGGAAGACAUGCUGAUUGACCAGGGGAAAACGGAUGAAAGUCCUGUUGGUCACAAAGCUGAGGAUCCAGAGGAUUAUGAUGGAGAUGAACAAAUAGUGGGCGAGGCUGACUCUGAAAAAACAGAGAAUCAGAUGGCAGAAAAUAUAGACAAAGCCAUGGAGGAGGAGCUGGCUGACUACAACGGAGAUGACGAUAAUGAAGGGGAGUAUGAAGCAGACAAACAGGCAGAGCUUGCUCAAAACUAAGGACGUUUAAAGAGCUGGAGAUGGGCCCCAUAAUCCACAUUCACAAAGGCAUACUGAUGCUGAACCAGGAAACUUGUAGACUUCAGCACAACAAAACAGAACUUAAGACAGCCAUAAACAUAAUAGAUGACAACACAUAUGAAUGCAGAGUUUCAUCUUUGGAACAAUUCUGGCAUUAAGUAGCGUGGGUCAGUUUCAAAGGGAUUCACUUCUUGCAGCCCUUCGUUUUAUCCCUUUUUUUUCUUCUUUUUUUUUUAGUAAACUGUUCUGUGCCGUCAGUGUUUGUAACGUAUACAUAAAUUCUACAAAGAAAGAUCUCGUGUCCUGUCCACAGUUUCCAAAAUAAACCCAGUUAUAAGCUUAAGUAUACACUUAACACAUAUACACGAUGGGCCUCUUCCAAGAACAGUCUCAUAACUUUCUCCUUAAAGUUCUCUUAGCUUUGUCCUUAGGAAAAUUGCUAAAGAGAAUUCGAUGUGGGAUUCACGAAACAGUCUUACACUCGUGCGUCGAUUGCCAGUAAUUGAAUCCAUGUACCAGUGAACGUUUAAUUCCUGUAGUUCAUGCCUUAAAAAGACCAUGUAAGGAUGGUUAGUUUUGAGCAUUAAUGGCAAAAAAGAAGAAAAAAUAAGAUUCAGAGGCUGAGCAGCCGAUCAGGUGCUGUCUUUACGUCAAGAUUUGCUGUAAAAAAAGAAGUUCUAAAUAGAAAAGAGAACAUUACAUGUUCAGAAAUCAAAGUGCUACCGUCAGAACUGACAUUAAGGAAUAAUACCGAAAUGUUAAAUAUGUUUCACCAGUUCCAGUUAAUUGAGAGCACAGUGUGCAGGAGUUUCAUCUUAGAUGGGUUUGCUUUUCACUUAAUCCUUUCCGUUUUUCCUGCACUAAUGAUUAAACGUACAUAAAAGGCUAUAUUUAUUUCAAAAUGCAGUAUAUCCUAAAAUACGCUAAACCUUAUGACUUUCUUUAAAGACGUCUGUGUCAUGAGACGAAGACGUAUUAAAAUCAGUAGUAUCCUCACCAGUUCUUGUAAUACAUUUUUGUGUUCAUUCUCACACCUCUACUUAAUUUUAAUAUUGGCUGGCUGUUUUGGAAUUGUCUUUCUUGGGAGAGAGAGAUCCCUCUUCUGCUGCUCUCCCUGAGGUUUCUUCCUAUUUUUUCUCCCUGUUAAAGGAUUUUUUUUUAGGGAGUUUUUCCUUGUCCAAUGAGAGAGUCUAAGGACAGGAUGUUGUGUUGUUGUUAAACCCACUGAGGCAAAUUUGUGAUUUUGGGCUAUACAAAUAAAAUUGAUUUGAUUUGAGCAGGAUAUCAAGAAAUGCAUCGCCACCCCGCUCCACCCAAAGAAAACAAAAAUUUGACCUUGGAUAUGUUGCCCAGAAAGACUUCUCUGUAGAUUAAGGGACAUUGGUGGUUUUAAUGACUGUAUUUUUCCAUGAUGUGACUCUGUGACACCAGCCUCGUGUGCUCCAACGGUACAACAGCAUCUCACAGUUUGCCUUAAGCUAAUAGCCACAGCAAAGACAGUGAUCUUAGGUCGGUCAGUGGCUAGGCCUUUUAUUUUAUUUUUGGUCAUGAAGACCCUUAUUCACCAUCAUUGUAUGAUGGUGAAUAAGGGUCUUGGAUAUACUCGCACCAAGUGAAAUGCAUGUGUGGAGUAACUCUUGACAUUUCUUAACUGAUUCACUGGGUGGAAUUACAUAUGUGCAUAUAUUAUAUGCAUUGUCCCCUUGUUACUACAGCCACCUUUAUUGAUGCUAAAAGAUGGUUUAGCUAAAUAUAUACAAUAUAAGACAAGUCACUUAACUUGGUCAGUGAUUAAAGCAAAGAGUAUUUUUGCUGUCAAAAAGGAAAAUGUUAUAAUCAUUUUCUAGUCAAUUCUAAGAUGCUAUUUCCUCAAUGUUUAAGCUUAUUUUUUGCAGCAUGAAACUGAUGACUGCAUUUGAUGUGUGACACAGUAUAUUUCAGAGUAGACAGUGUUGAAGGUUGAUUAUGUGCAUGUGUGAAACAUCACAUCUCAGCUUUUUCCCCAAAAACAAUGGGGCCCAUUCAUUGAUCAUUCGUGCGUACAAUUUUGUUCUUAAACAUGCAUGGAAUUUUGUAGCCCUGAACUUUGUCUCAGAGACCAGUGUAGAACCUGGAUAACCCCUGAAUUUAGACACUAGUUGGUAAAUACUGAUGUCUUUGCAAGCCUGAGUGAUGGCUUGUUGCAAGAAGUAGAAAAUAGAUGUUAGGGGGAAGGAAUUGCAAAUAAUCAUCAGGCUUUGCUUUUGACCUUCGGACAAUUUUGAGAACCAAAAAAUCCCAUGCAUGGGUGUGUACGAACAUAUUUGUACAUAUGAACGAUUGAUGAAUGAGGCCCAUUGAAUUUACGUCUCUACUCCUAAUUUAAAGAAUUGAUGUUGAUCCAGAAUUGGUAAUAUAAUUUGAAAUUAUGUCCGAUAUGUUUGUAUUUACAAAUAGAAUAAGAUGCUUUUGAAACAGGUGUUUCUUGUAAUGCAGAUGUUGGAUACAGACUGUAGGGAUCUGGUUGGUUAUCGUCAAUCAGUUCUCCCACUCAGAGGUUUGGGAAUUCAUUUUGUGAAUACUGUCCCCAGUCUGCUGAGUUGAAUACACUGUAUAGUAAAUCGAGAAACUGCUUGGCAAAGGGACUGGGGUUUCUGAGAACUGCUGUAACAUUAUGGAAAAAGGACACUUUUGCACCGGUAGGAGACUCGUAAACUCGAGGCACCUGCAAAUCAGUUGAACGAUCGAUUAGCUGUACUUUUUUUCACUUUUAUUUUAUUUUGUCUCUUCCAAAUGGUGAGCCCGCAUACACCGAAGGUCACUUGGCAUAAAGACAAUUGCAAACCAUGUGUACAAAUAUUCAUGUCAGACAACAGAAAUGUUAGCUUUAGAUUUUGUGGCGGGAUCCUAAAUGUUUCGUUGCCUUGUGUUUUUUACACUUGCCUAACAACUCUUGUUUCUGGAUACUGUUAUUUAGUUAGAAAUGUCUGGUCUAUCUAAGUGUACUCACUCACUUCUCUACACCAUUAUGUCUGUCACAUCAUCCCAUUGAUUUGAAGUCCUAACAACUGCUAGAUUAGCACUCUUUUUUUCUUUUAUUAAUUUAUUUUUUUCAAGUACAGAAUCUUGUAAUUUUACCUACAGUGCUGUGUGAAAUGACCUGUAGCCUAUUAAUCUAACACACACACACACAAAAUAUCAUAAAAGAGGGCGUUUAAUGAUUUUGAAAUCAUUUUUGGGAACCGUUCAUCAUUCUGAAUCAAAUCUUGGUUACUUUACUGUUGAAUAAUAUUGGGUCUGUUUUUGUUUAUGCCUCGAGUUAAAUUGAAAGAACAGGAUGAAUGGUUGUGAAUUACUGGUCAGUUCACAAGGUCAUGUCAGUCUUACCAUGAUUUAGGAUCCAUGAUACAAUGGGGACUUCUAAUCACAGAGGGCAUGGAUGGGUGAGAUUGCUUUAAGUUUCAGUGGUGAUUGCUGCACAUUGGGUAAAAUCAGUGCCAGAGUAGGAUUAUAUGAACAAAAUGUAUCUGGGAAAUAGUAACCUCAGUCAUAAAUGUCAGCAGAAGUGCCUGAUGAUUUUGCAUCCAAAAUGUGGUUCAUGUCUGAUGUAGUAAAUCAUCACUCCCUGAUUCACGUAGAAGGCUCGUUUAGGUUGAUAAAAAGUGACAUGUCUUCCUCUUUGGUCUACCUCUUGGUAAAGCCCAAAGGAAAAUUCCACAUUUGUAAAAUUUCGUUAAUAUUUUCUGGCAUACUUUUCAAGGUGUGAUGUGUACUUGUGUCAUCCUGUAGAUGAUGAUAUUCUUUCGGCUUAUUCACCGUGGCGUCUCAAAGCUUGUCUUGUCAGAAAAUGAUUUUUUUUUUUUUGAGGUGUUUUAUAAACGAUAUCCAUCCUCUCAGCUGGAAUUUGUACCUGGAGAGAACAUUUCUCAUGAUUUUUGUACUUUCGAUUCACUUUGUUGUUUUAAUUUGUAAAAUGUUUUUGCUGUACUCUGAAGCAUCAAUGAAAGUAAAUUGUCAUGUCUGAAUGAUCAUAGGAUGUAAUGAGGACAUGAGUGACUGAAUGACAACAGAAUAAUAAAAAAGUUAACACUGUCGGCGCAAGUUUUGUUUUGUAACUUAUAUUUAUUGGAUUUUGCAUUUUACAAAUCACAGAAUCAACAUGAAAUAAAUCCAGUAUAAUUCCCAUCUCUUCCCUGCUCCCUAACAUGUCUCCAACCCCCUCCCCCCACCAUCCUCUGAAAUGACAUCAAGUACAAAUAAACGUAUGACAGAUAUACAAUGACCUCAUUCACAUACACAGACAGAGAAAAAAAAUUAAUAAUAAAAAACUCAUUUUUAUCUUUUUAAACUAAUUCUUAGACUGCUACAGUUCUGUUCCAACCAAGAAAUGAUUAGGGUUAUGAACUAUCCCAGUCUGUUAUUUGGGUUAGGUUAUCAUAGUAGGUAAGAAAAGGCCUCCAGAAUCUUUCAAAUGUAUUUGCAUUCCCCUUCCAUGUAAAUUUGAUUUUUUUUCAGGCUUCAGGUAAAACAUAAUCCCUAUAAGCCAUCUUGUAUGGGAUGGUGGCACUGCUCUCUUCCAAUUGAGGAUGAGACGUCGAGCUAACUGAGUAGUAAAGGCAACCACAUUGCACAUUUCAGUUGACCACACUGCAUCCUCUGGCCUAAAUCCAAACAGGGCAAUAAUGGGCUGAGGUACAGUAGUCAUAUUAUACAUGUCACUAAGGGAUUCAAAGACCUUUUCCCAAAAAGUCUGAAGGCUUAAGCAAGACCAAAACGUGCAACCAGUUUGCAGUGGUAGUCUUACAUCGAUCAUAGGUGGGAUCAAUGUUUGGGUAUAUCCUUGCCAGUUUCUCCUUAGUGAGAUGAAGACGAUGAACUAUCUUGAAUUGUAUUAGACUGUGUCUAGCACAAGGAGAUGAGUAUACUAGGUCAAGAAUUGGAGUCCACUGGUCCUCUGCAAAAAACAGGCCUCAAAUUGUUCUUAGGUUGUUUAGAGAUUGUGGCUUAAUAGUGUUAAUUACAUCAUAUAUCCAGGAGAUGGCCCCUUUGAGACUAGUAUUAAAUCCUAAAAGAGCAUUUAAGGGGGGUGCUUGGAGGUUGGUCUGGGAAAGGUUGAUAGCCUUUUUGUACAAAGUGCCUAGCCUGAAGGUAUUGCAAAAAUGGGAGUGUGGCAGGGCAUACUUUGCUGACAUUUGUUCAAAUGAUGCAAAUACUCCAUUUAUAUAUAAAUCUUUAACAACUCUGCCAUUCCCAUGCCAGGCCAAAAAAGCCAGGUCUGACAUGUAGAUGGGGUGAAAAGAUGAUUUGCAAAAAUAGGAGCCCGAAGUGAAGCGUUUUGCAACCCAAAAUGUUUGAGAAACUGUACCCAGAUCUUUAAUGUAUGGGUAACUAACAGGAUUUUCAAAAGAGCCAGCACUAAUUGGUAAAGGGGCUGAGAUUAAGGAUGGGAGUUCCAAUUUAAAAGAUUCCAAUUUUACCCAAACUGGAGCUUCUGCACCAUCCCUGACCCACAUUAUAAUGUUUUUGGUAUUUCUAGCCCAAUAAUAGUAAAGAAAGUGAGGCAUGGCCAUACCUCCUAAUCUUUCGGCCUUUGUAGAAAUGACUUACAAAUACUUGCGGUUUUGCUAUCCCAUAUAAAUCCAGUAAGGAUUUGGUCGUGAUAAAAAACGUUUUUUUUUUUUAGCAAUAAAACUACUCUUGAUAAUACCUUUAAAAUUAAUUGGAUAUAGCAAUUUCUAAACAACCCUACAUCUACUUGGAACUUUAUACCUAAUUAUAUUUUUUUCUAAGAUUGGAGGCCUUGGAAUUUGUACUUUUGUGUGAUUAUAAGAUAGAUAAACUUCCCUUAAAUGUAUCUAAAUUCCACAGACAAGUGCUUCUAGCAUGGUCUUUAAUUUACAAACAACUUCUCCCCCCAUAAUUGUUUCAUUUGGAAUAUUCGGCGUAUUAUGUUCAAAAAUAUAUCCCUAUUCUAUCAAAACUGGUUUGACAGUAAUAUAAUUCUAGUAACCCAAUUAAUUAAUGUUAAUGGACUGCCA